CCCCCUCACUAUCAAUCACCAUUCUCCCCUCUCCGCCCUCCGACUGUCAUCCCCACUUUUUUUUUCGUUUUCCCCCUUUCCCUUUCGCUCCUCUUGCAUCCUGGACCUUCGGGCGACCGAACGCCGAUCUGCGUGGUGUAAGGAAAAUGGCCACCCAUCGGCUACUCGCCCUGCUCCUUGCCCUGGUGGUGGUCCUGGCGCCCGCAUCGAGGGCAUUCGCCCAGGCAACCGACGAGGCUGAUGAGCAGCUCGCCCUUGAGGGCAUGGCGGCAAAGGGGCACGCCAUGGCGGCGAGCUCCUCCGGCACUCCCUCGCGCUUUGUCGGCAAUACCGCUGUCUUGAAGUCCCUCGUUCUCGCGGAGGGGGACGUCGUGCCGGUAUGGUACAACACGGUCGGCGCACCGAUGGCCCUGCUGGGCAGCGACCCCCUCCUUCGGCCGGUCGGUGGGCUGCCCUUCUGCACGACCGAGCGCUCCCUGGCGCCGACCAAGCCUGGCAAGACACCGGCCGACGGUGUCCCCGGAUUGAAGCCCGGUCCUGUCGGGCCGGUGUCCCGGCGGAAUGACUGGCUGCAGAUGUGGAGCGGCGAUCGCGUGUCCUUGAGUCCGCUGCUGAUCGAGGCCGGCAUCGAUCUGCCCUGCUCCCCGCUGUGCCGCGGGGCUGACGGAUCGUCCACGGUCAAGGCCACGCGUAGCGAAUCGUCUCUCCUCUCGUCUUUGGUCAAGUCGGGCCACCGCGCCGAGUGGGUGAUCGCCGGGAAGCCGGUUUUUUCGCGGCACUCGCGCUUCUACGGCAACUCAGACCUGGCCGCCGGCGUGGAGCUGGGCAUUCCACUUGGACGCCUUGAGAAAGGCUUCCCGGUCCUGUUCAACCACUUUGACUUGAAGGUCUACUUCCAUCCCGAGUCUCUGUCCAAAGACAAGACCGGCCUGCGCGUGCUCGGGGUGGAGGCCGUGCCGCGAAGCAUCGACCAGUCGCACGGGUUCUGCCCACACGAUCGCGAUGAGUCGAUGGUAGACGCGGACUCGAUCCGGCCGCAACCGGUGCUGGACCUGACUUCUAGCCCGAAGAAGCGCGCCGAUGAAACCCCCCCGACCGAGGUGCUGGCCAUCAAUUACUCGUACUCGGUGCGCUUUGUCAAGACCACGCCGGCGGAGUUUGUGCCGGUCGCACGGGCGCUGGCCUCGCCGCCAGUGCGACUGGCACACUCGCUGCAGGCGCCGGUGGUCCCGGCCGACGCCUCCAGCGCCAAGCUCCUGGGGAUCGGCGAUUUCCUGGCGCCCGUGGUCAUCGUGGGCUUCGGCUUCAUGAUCUUCCGGUCCAUGCGCGAAGAGAGCGAGCGCUACAACUCGCGCACGAACAUCGAGCUCCAGGAGAAGGACGGAUCUGCCGCGGCACAGGGCCUCGUGCUGAUGAUCGACGAUCCGUCGGCCAGCGGCCAGGUCGGCGGUCUGGCCGGCUGGCGACUGAUUCAUGGGGAUGUCUUCCGGCCGCCGCGGCGCCGCGGCUGGCUGGUCCUUCUCAUCUCAACUGCCAUUCAACUGGCCACAACGGGCAUCUUUUUGACGGCCUGCCUGGUGCUGCUUUCGAUCUCGGGCGACAGCCUCUCGGAGGUUCUCUAUUCGCAAACCCUCUCGAGCCAUGGGUCUCGACUGGCCAUCCUUGGCGCCACUGCCUGUGCCUUUAUCGUUCUGUCUGCGGUUGCCAACUACCACGGCUCGCGAGUGCACAAGUUUUUCAUCCACGGCACGGCGGCCCCCUCGUCAACGGCCUCGGCCGCCUCCAAGGGUCCCGGGAGCUGGAGUCGGCAGGCCGUGAUUAACUCCCUCACCAUUCCCGCGGGCCUCAUGGUUGCCCAGAUGUUUGUCAACCUGGCUGCCUCGCUGGUCCAGAGCAGCAGCCGCAUCCCCCUUCGCGUGGUCCUCGGGGCUUUCGGGGCGGGCCUGGUCAUGGCCGGGGCCCUGCCUUUCGGUCUGGCCGGGGCCUACUUCGGCCGCAAGAAGGCCGUCCUAUCGACCCCCGUGCGGACCAACCGCAUCCCGCGCCCGGUCCCGGUGGCUCCGCUCCUGUGGGGCCGGAUCCCCCUCGGGCCGUACACGGUGGCCCUGGCGUAUGCCUUCCCGCUGGGGCUCUACAUGUGGGGCGCCUUGGCGCGCUUGCACUCGGGCAUGGUUCCCUGGAGCUGGUUCCCGCCGAUGGUCAGCUGGGAGUAUGCCCUGGCACUGACCCUCUGGAUGGGGACCCUCAUCGGGGGGGCAUGCCUGGCUGGCAUGGCCACUGCCUAUCACUGCUGGCAGACCGAGAACUACUUCUGGUGGUGGCCGGCCGCUCUGGCCCCGGGGUGUGCCGCGGCGAUGGCCGUCAUGCUGCACUGUGUGACGCAGCUGGUCCGCGUCGGGACGGCAACCGAUCUGCCCGGCCAGGCGGCCGCCGUGGUGGUGAUUCUCUUCCGCGGCGUCCAGCUGCUGCUGCUUUUGUGCCCGGUGGCAGCUGGAGUCGGUGUAUUCGCCGCCUUCCAGACCGCGCGCUGGCUCUUCUCGACGGUGCGCGUUGAGUAACGGCGCCAGGAAGGGAGUAUCAUCCAGGGAGGCUGUAUUUGGGCGUGGCGUCGGAUGCCAUCGCGCCGGGGAAAGAAGAAACCGGCGAGCGCGGAAAGAUGCGCGUGCCAAUAAUACAAACACCCGGUCGGCUUGCUGAUGUGCCCUUGCCUGCUUUCCGCCCUUCCCCCUCCCCCGAAUGCGCUCAGAGUUGCUGGGGCCAGGAGUCGGCCGACUGGGUGGCACCGACGGCCA